AUGUCGACCUACAAGCGGGCUACGCUGGACGACGAAGACCCCCUGGACUCCAUCAGUGAAGGCGAUGGGUACCCCAACGGCUUCCAGGUGAACUUCCGUGGCUCCAGGAGCAGCCUGGGGUGCUGGGCUGAGCGGACGCGCAUCGAGAAGCAGCUCGUGGUGCUGGUGGGGGUGCUGGCAGCCGUGCUGGUGGCAUGUCUGCUGGGUCUCAUCUUCCAGUACAGAGCCCGGCCACCCGCCGUGUGCCUGUCGGAAGCCUGCAUCUCCGUCACCAGCUCCAUCCUCAGCUCGCUGGAUCGGGCAGUGAAUCCCUGCGAGGAUUUUUUUAGCUACGCUUGCGGGGGCUGGAUCAAGGCCAACCCCCUUCCUGAUGGCCACUCACGCUGGGGCACCUUCAACAACCUCUGGGAGCACAACCAGGCCAUCAUGAAGCAUCUGCUGGAAAACACCACGGCCAACGUGUCGAGCGAGGCAGAGCGCAAGGCCCAGCGUUAUUACCAAGCCUGCAUGAACGAGAGCAAGAUCGAGGAGCUGCGUGCCACGCCGCUCAUGGAGCUCAUCCAAAAGCUGGGUGGCUGGAGCAUCACAGGUCCCUGGGCCAGUGACAACUUCAACGUGACGCUGCGGGAGGUGACGGCACAUUACCGUACCUCACCCUUCUUCUCAGUCUACGUCAGCGCCGACUCCAAAAACUCCAACAGCAACGUCAUCCAGGUGGAUCAGUCGGGGUUAGGCCUGCCGUCACGGGAUUACUACCUGAACAAGACGGAGAAUGAGAAGGUGCUCACCGGGUACCUGAACUACAUGGUGCAGCUGGGGAUGUUCCUGGGCGGCACCAACGAGGAGUCGACGCGCCAGCAGAUGCAGCAGAUCUUGGACUUCGAGACAGCGUUGGCCAACAUCACCAUCCCGCAAGAGAAGCACCGGGAUGAGGAAGUCAUCUAUCACAAAAUGACAGCUGGAGACCUGAAGGAGCUGGCGCCAGCCGUGGACUGGAUGCCCUUCCUCUCCACUGUCUUCUACCCUGUGGAGCUCAAUGAGUCGGAGCCUGUCGUGGUCUACGCCAAGGAGUACCUGGAGCAGGUCUCCGACCUCAUCUUGGCCACUGAUAAAUGUCUCCUCAACAACUACAUGAUCUGGAACCUGGUGCGGAAAACCAGCCCCUUCCUCGACCAGCGCUUCCAGGAUGCUGAGGAAAAAUUCAUGGAAGUGAUGUAUGGGACGAAGAAGACCUGCCUUCCGCGCUGGAAGUUUUGCAUCAGUGACACGGACAACAACCUGGGCUUCGCCCUGGGAGCCAUGUUUGUCAAGGCCACCUUCGCCGAGGACAGCAAGCAGGUGGCAGAGGAAAUGAUUGCGGAGAUUAAAACAGCCUUCGAGGAAAGCCUGGAGACCCUGCAAUGGAUGGACGAAGAGACGAGGAAGUCAGCCAAAGAGAAGGCAGAUGCCAUCUACAACAUGAUCGGCUACCCCAAGUUCAUCAUGGACCCCAAGGAGCUGGAUAAAGUCUUUAACGACUAUGAGGCUGUGUCUGACCUCUACUUUGAGAACGUCAUGCAGUUUUACAACUUCUCGGCCAGGGUCACUGCCGACCAGCUCCGGAAACCGCCAAACCGGGACCAGUGGAGCAUGACUCCUCCAACGGUCAAUGCGUACUACUCUCCCACCAAGAACGAGAUUGUCUUCCCCGCCGGCAUCCUCCAGGCCCCUUUUUACACUCGUGCAUCUCCCAAGUCGCUGAAUUUUGGUGGGAUUGGCGUGGUGGUGGGCCACGAGUUAACGCACGCCUUCGAUGACCAAGGUCGGGAAUAUGACAAGGACGGCAAUCUGCGUCCCUGGUGGAAGAACUCCUCGGUGGAGGCCUUCAAGCGUCAGACAGAGUGCAUGGUGGAGCAGUACAGCAAUUACACCGUCAACGGCGAGGCUGUCAAUGGCAAGCACACACUUGGGGAGAACAUCGCCGACAACGGGGGCCUGAAGGCCGCUUACCGGGCAUAUCAAAACUGGCUGAAGAAGAACGGGGAUGAGGAAACCCUGCCAACCCUCGGCCUCACCAACCACCAGCUCUUCUUUGUCGGCUUUGCCCAGGUGUGGUGUUCAGUUCGCACGCCGGAGAGCUCGCACGAGGGACUCAUCACCGAUCCCCACAGCCCCUCACGUUUCCGCGUCAUUGGCACCGUCUCCAACUCCCGGGAGUUUGCAGAGCAUUUUGGCUGCCCCCUCGGCUCCCCCAUGAAUCCCCCCAAGAAGUGUGAAGUCUGGUGAUGGCCGAGCGUCCGAGGGAACCUGCUGCUGGUUGCUUUGUCCUCUGCCAACGGCUGAAUUUCCCCGGCUCUUUCGAGAGGCUCAAACCACUUCUCUGUAACGAACUGCCCAGCUCUCAACCGGAGCGGCGCCCCGCGUCCCCGGUAUUGUCCGAGGUUCGAUCCACUGUGAAAAUUCCUCAUCCUCUUGCUCAUUUGUGAAAUGACUUCGAUUUGGGGGUCAUUUCUCUCUCACUAUGACCAGGCCAUGUGUCAAGGCACGUGU